AAACCCUCCCCCGGUUUAUGCUCAGCCGUCCUCUGGAUGAAAAUAGCUUGAUGCUGUACAGUCAGAAGCCAUUACAACACCACGCUCUGUGUGACGACGGUAAAAUUAACACUGCGAAAUAGUUUUUAUCCGCCAGAGUAACGUUACUGUCUCCCGAACAGCAGAGUUCCGUUGUCGUGGAAAUCAAAGGGAAAAAAAUAUAUUUACGGAGGUUUAACGACGACUGUAUUUUUCACCCGGGACUUCAAGCUUGGCGGAGGGAUUCAACUGACUCUAGUAGAGAUCGGCAGAGUGAAAUCCGCCGUGUAAAUCCGCACCAAUUGUUUAUUUUCUCCAGAUAUCUUCGUUUUACGGUCCGUGCUUGGCUUUUCUCUUAGGUCUCUGUCCUUAUUUAGAUGGCAAGCUUCCCAGACUCUGUAAACGAAAAUGAUAUAGGUAAGGCUAAGUUCAUCGGUGAACUCCUGGUGCCUGUUGCUCCCUUCGACCAGAAGUCUGGACGCGAGGCUUGGACAGUAGCCUUUGCACCUAAUGGUUCUUACUUCGCUUGGUCUCAGGGGCAUCGCAUCGUCAGGCUCAUUCCCUGGGCAAAAUGCCUGAAGAACUUUUCUACGGGCCAUGGUGGAGAGGACACCGAUGCCUCAAGCCCCCGGCGCCUGUCCUGUCAGAACAGCGAUGGAGGCCAGGUAAUUCCCAUGGCCAGCGAGCCCCGCGAGCACACCAUCGAUUGUGGUGACAUUGUGUGGGGCUUGGCCUUCGGCUCCUCGGUACCAGAGAAGCAGAGCCGCUGUGUUAACAUCGAGUGGCACCGGUUCAAGUUCGGCCAGGACCAGCUGCUACUGGCAACAGGCCUCAACAAUGGUCGCAUCAAGAUCUGGGAUGUUUACACUGGAAAAUUGUUGCUGAAUCUGAUGGAUCAUACCGAUGUAGUGCGAGACUUGACCUUUGCUCCCGAUGGCAGCCUCAUGCUGGUCUCUGCAUCCAGAGAUAAGACCCUCCGUGUGUGGGACCUCAAAGAUGAUGGUAACAUGGUGAAGGUCUUGCGGGGGCAUCAGAACUGGGUGUACUGUAGCGCCUUCUCCCCCGACUCCUCCAUCCUUUGCUCAGUCGGCGCUGGCAAAGCAGUGUUCCUAUGGAACAUGGAUAAGUACACGUUGAUCCGGAAGCUGGAGGGGCACCACAAUGAUGUGGUGUCUUGUGAGUUUUCACCAGAUGGGGCGAUGUUGGCCACCGCCUCUUAUGACACCCGGGUCAUCGUAUGGGACCACCACAAGGCCACCAUUCUGCUGGAGCUGGGCCAUCUCUUCCCUCCCCCAUCACCCAUUUUUGCUGGAGGGGCAAAUGACCGCUGGGUUCGCUCUGUGAGCUUCUGCCCUGACGGCCGCCACAUUGCCAGCAUUACUGACGACAGGCUGGUUCGUUUCUGGAGCAUCGAGGAAAGGGCUCCUCAGGCCAUCGCCUCUCUCUCUAAUGGCCUCAGCUGUGCCUUCUCUGCUGAAGGAAGUGUCCUUGCUGCUGGGACUCGUGAUGGUGGUGUGCACUUCUGGGAGUGUCCUCGUAGCAUUGCCAGUCUGCAGCACAUGUGCAGGAUGGCUCUCCGCCGGGUAAUGACCACAAAGCAGGUGGAGGCCCUGGCCAUUCCCACGCCACUCCGCGACUACCUGACCUACAAAGUCAUCUAACCCCCCCCAUCCAGCCACCCCCACUGCACCUGCCUCAGCAUGCUGCUGGAAAACCAAUGAAUCACUUGUCUGAAAGAGAAACUUUUUUUUCAGAGAACUCUGUUUAACAAACGAAACCAAUCCGGACAAGAGGAAAAGAGUUAAAUUUUACUGAUGCCCCAGAGCCACAUCCCCGUCUCAACCCCCCACCACAUCCUCACACAGCAGGAUGUGUUGUUUUGUAUAUAUUUAUUUUUGUUAAUGCUUUAGUAAAGGAGUGCGUUGGGGCCAGCGCACCAUCCAUACCUGUAAGGUCAAGUUAUUUCUGGGGCCUCCUGCUCCCUCCAUCACAUUAGUGUGGUACCUGUAAGUGUUCAGCUCCUCUUCCAGCUGGCUCCAGCUCUUCAUCAGGUUCACUAAACUCCUCUUCUUCUUUUCCUCUGACUUGAAAUGGCUGUUGCACUUAAUAUUAGAAGCUUUGCAGUGGUGCUUGCUCUUAAUGUCCAGUUAUCAGUUUUAAAGUGGGUGAGCUAAAGGGAAGAGAUACAUGGGACGUAAGGGUUUAAAGGCUGCGGGGUUUUUUUGAAGGCCAAUACUGAGAUCUGUGGACUACUGAUACUGUGGACUUACUUAUCUUUAUAUUUGAAAAGGAGAAACAAUUCAAGCAGCCAGUGUUCUCAAAUUUUGAAUAUUUCUCUGAAACAGUAUUUUUACAGCACCAUGGCACAAUCACAUGUCACUGUGACCUGUUUUUUUUUUUAAUGUGGGUUAGCAGCAGUUUUUAUUUCAAUACAAAAACAUAUGAUAUUAUCAGCAGUUACGUGAUCCAGCACAGUAUGUAACUUGGUUAUCAUGUCAACAUUUAGUUAACAAACCAGGUAUCUUGAAAUUCCUCUUAAAAUGGCUCCUAAUAUCCACUGCUAAAUAACACUGUCCAGCAGACAUUGGUCCAACCAGGGUAUAAAAAUAGCACCAGUCACCUGCCAAAUGCUGGUAAAAUAUUCAAGUGGCUUGUGGCUGGUAAUCUAUUGAAAUUUGAACCUUCACUAACCAUUUGGCCAAUGGACAAAAAAGUUAAUUUUUCAUGCAGGUGUAGCCCGCCCACAGUGCACCCAAAACACAUCUCAGACUGGCUACAGAAAUGGCAACAGUAAGCUUGAAUUUACUUGUGUGUGUGUGUGUGUGUGUGUGUGUGUGUGUGUGUGUGUGUGUGUGUGUGUGUGUGUGCACGUGUACUCCCUGCCCUGCAGGGUAGUAUAAAGCCUUUAGACCAGUGUUGUUGAUGAUCUCACACUAAAGCAAAGCCCCUCUGCUGCUUAACUGCUAUCUAUAUUUGAACCUGUACAAAACCUGUAUACACAAUUCCAUGUGACAUGUAUGUAUAUACAAAACUGUGUCAUGUCUAUAAACAUAUCAAAGUCUAGCUUUUUUUUUUUUGUCACGUUCUUCUGUUGAACAUUUGUAUUUUUGUAUAUGUACUUUUUAUUCUCCUUUAAAUGUGAAAAUGUCUACAAAUAACUACACCUGUCUUACUGCUAAAGCUCAGAAAGAAAGAUGUAUUCCAUUUCUUUUUGAAGGUCAGACCUAAAUUGUGGCACUGAAUGCUACUGUGCCCUGUCACAUGUUUUGCUGUGUGUAGAUAUGACUAUGAGCAAUUGCAGCAACCUUGAAAGUAAUAAACAUUGUUCCUCUGAUAAACAAAUGAGA